AUUCAGCCCUCUCUGCAGUUCCAUGCUGCAUUCUGUCUCGCAAUUCUCUAACCGCCAUGUCUGACGACAAGAUCCUGGGCCUGGUUACCAAAGAGAAGGCCUUCAAAACUAUUCGGGGAGCCAUCUUCUCUGCGUCUCUCACUGUCUCUCUUUCCCUUACCAUUUUCAUCUACCAACGGACCUUGGAACCAAUAUACGGCACAGUCCCUCCGAACUUGCACCUUUGGUAUGUCGUCGUGGGUGCAGGUUCACUAGGAGUGGUCGCGCCCAUCUUUAAUCUGUGGACCGGGAUAGGCCUUGCUGGCGCUUUGCUGUCCGUGAUGCCCUAUGCCACGUACUGGGUGAGUGUGUACUCUGCCAGGUACCAUGAUCCGGUCUAUGGACCUCUGUCAACGCACCUCGCUGUGCUGGCGCCCAUCAUCUAUCUCGGGGCUAACGUGCGCAUUACGAUGGAGACUUCCGCGCCUGGAUCCCCUAUCCUUGCGACACCUUUUCCCGCGUUCCUCUCCUUCACCGGUUUCUUUGGAUUAGUCAAGAACGCUGCAUAUUUCUCGUGGCUUACCUUUAUCAACUCUAUUCCGAGCGAAUUCCUAAUAUAUGGCCUUUCGGUAAUUGCAAUCAGCCUGUGGGGUACUGUUGGGCAAGCCCGCUAUGCUCCGCCUCAGACCGUGAAUGAGAAGAACGAGAAGGACCCGAAAGAGAAGGGAGACAGCCCUGAGCCUUCCAACCAGGAAAAGAAGAAGUCGCAUGACGCUAAAGCUAUGACGGGCCUGAGCUUCGGGCAAAAGUACAUGUUCCCGCUGAUUAUCGUUCUGCCUCUCAUCCAGUCAUACCUACGUCCCCCAACAUUGCCACGACCCCUUCUAGAGCCUUAUAACCACCCAUCCUAUCCACUGCGUAUCCUCUCAUCUACUCAGUCAACUACCGGUGUGAUUGUAGUGGGCGAGUCACUGCCAGUACCAUCGGCACUGGUAGGUCAAGUCCCAGACAACCACCUGGAAAAUAUUAGAUACCUCAGAGCAGGACAUUCACUAUUGGGUGGGGUGUGGAUAGGGGAUAAAAUAGCCUAUAGAGAAGGCUCUCGGCGCGAAGAUGUCGUGGUGGAUGCGCACGGCGAGCCUUUAGGUGAUUCGAUAUAUGCUGCCUUCGUACUUCAAGAAGUGGCCCGAUUGGUGGACAAGCGGGCUCGAGAGGAACAUCAGAAAGCCCUAAUCAUAGGUCUGGGUGCCGGCGUAGCAGCAACCUCCCUCAUACGCCAUGGCAUCAACACGACUAUCGUUGAAAUCGAUUCAGCUGUGUACGAUGUCGCACGGAAGUUUUUCGGUCUACCCGACCCAGGCCCAGGACAGGUCUUCCUGGAGGAUGCGAAGCGCUGGGUCAAACGUCAGCAGUCUCUCCCGGCUGAGGAGAAACAGUUAUACGACAUCAUCAUCCACGACUGCUUCUCCGGAGGAAGCGUUCCUGCGCAGAUAUUCACAGUGGAGUUUUGGGAGGGCUUGAAGAAGCUCACGAAGCCUGAUGGAGUUGUUGCGGUGAACUUUGCAGGAAAAAUCAACGGGAAUGCGUCUCGCGCAAUCCUCGCUACUCUACAGAGGAGCUUCCCGACUUGUCGUGCGUUCCACGACUCGACUACUGAAGUGAGUGAAGAACAGAUGAAGACGACGUUUUUGAAUCUUGUAUUCUUCUGUACUGCAUUACCUGGUCCACUGACCUUCCGAGAACCCAAAGAGUCAGACUACGACUUCUCUUACUUGCGGCACCAUAUUUUUACGACGUCCAGAGAAGUCGACUUGUCCCUAGUCACAGAGGGACUUGGCGCGGAGGAGGAGGCGCAGUACGUGCUCACCGAUAAGAAGAAUAAAUUGGCCAAGUGGCAGGAGGAGAGUGCUCUGGAACACUGGAAAGUAAUGCGGGAAGUACUGCCAGAUAUAUUUUGGGAAACUUACUAGGGUUCAGUGCGGGACGCAUUUACCAGAAGGAUAUUAUUUGUCCUUGGAGGCUUAUUUAAAUUAUAUCAUGUUGCUUGGGGACGAAAUCAAGCACAAGCAGCAGAGACGCAGAAUAUAACGGCGUCUAUAGACCAUUCCCGG